AUCUUUUUUCACACCUUUCUUCAAAGCAUUUUCAGGCAUCGCGUGCGCGUAAUGUUUAUCUUCUUCCUUUUCGAGUACCAUUUCUUAGGUACGAUUUGUUAAUUAAUAGGCUUCGGCCAUAUGCCGUUUUCUACAUGUCCCCUGCGACUCUUCUUCGCAAUGCUUUGCGAGCCCUCAUUCCUCUCGCCGUAGCUUGUACUUUCUAUUUGUAUCUUUAUCCAAUCUUUCUUGGCUGUGCGUUUCCACUUCCACGAACAGACGAUCGUAGCGUAGCGUUCCAACAUACUUUGCGACAGCAUGUUCAUCCGACUUCGAGCAAGGCCGCACCGUUUCGGCUCCUCGCGCUCGGUGACCCUCAGUUAGAAGGCGAUACCUCCAUUAGGAACUAUGAUCGAGAGUCCUUUCCUCACUUGACGUGGGCUAUUCGUCAUCUUACCUACAAGACCGAUCAUCCAUCCCUACGCAAACGCUUGCGACAGGUGGUUCACGAUAUUGUUGAUAUCUUCUUCGACGACAUCCCCGAUACGCUCGAGUCCGUUCGCAAGCGAAUAGACUUGUUCGGAAACGAUUUCUACCUUGCCCACAUCUACCGAACGCUACGAUGGUGGACUAAACCUACUCACGUCUCUGUUCUAGGAGACUUGCUAGGAAGUCAAUGGAUCAAGGAGAAAGAAUUUAACCGGAGGAGUUGGAGGUUCUGGAACCGUUCAUUCAAAGGAGGCGAGCGUGUUCCUGACGAAGUUGCUACCUAUCCCGCCGAGGAAUACGAACCAGCUGGGUUACUUGGCGUUGAGGAUGAUAACGCCGCGGCCUGGCGCCGCAGAAUAAUCAACGUAGCUGGUAACCAUGAUAUCGGGUAUGCGGGCGAUCUGACAGUGGAGCGACUGGAACGAUUUGAACGCGCAUUUGGCAAAGCCGCCUACGAGCUACGAUUCGAGCUACCUAUUACCAACCCGGUAGUUAAUGCUACUAUCUACAACGAAAAAACGAACCCUGACUCCAACCGCCUAGCUCCAGAGCUCCGCAUUCUCAACGUUAACAAUAUGAACCUUGAUACACCGGCUGCAGACCAGAGUCUCCAGGAUAAGACGUAUGCCUUUGUAAACGAUGUUAUCAACACAGCCACCGCGGUCGAAUACCAAGGUCACUUCACGCUCGUGCUAACUCAUAUACCCUUGUACAAACCUGAAGGGGUCUGCGUUGACGGUCCAUUUUUUGAUUUCCAUACGGGUGGUGGUGUCAAAGAACAGAACCAUCUUUCGGCCGAUGCGUCCCGUGGAUUUUUGGAAGGUAUCUUUGGAUUAAAUGGCGAUUCAAACGCUCCGGGACAUGGUUUAGGUCGUAAGGGCGUCGUGUUAAAUGGACACGACCACGAAGGCUGUGAUACGUAUCACUAUAUCAACCAGACGGAAGGUGAUGAGCGUCAAUGGCGCGUUACUCGAUGGCCUACUGCUAAAGCGGAUCAGCUCCCCGGCAAACCUGGAAUACCAGGUCUGAGAGAAAUCACCGUCCGAAGUAUGAUGGCUAUGUACGGCGGUUAUGCUGGCUUGCUCAGCGUUUGGUUUGACGAGGACACCUGGCAGUGGGAGUACGAGUUCGCUUACUGUACUUUGGGCCGCCAGUACUUUUGGUGGUUCGUUCACAUAUUUGAUCUCAUCGUCCUUGUCGCCAUUGUGGUCUACGGCGUCUUGCAAGCAGCUAUAGCAGCUGGUUUCGACGUCGACAAGUGGCCAACAGCCAAAACGACUGUACCUCCCGUUACUACAAACGGAAAUGGCGUUAAAAAACCUAUUCACGUUGCGAACGGCGAGGCUACGAAGGAAUAAGUUCCUGUCUGUAUAACAAGUAGCGAGGCUGCGGCAUGGAAAUAUAACGAGUCAUGAGUACCUUGUACUAAUAUAAAAAUUUGAAUCAUAGAAUACCUAGACAACUAAUAGAAUAUCGGUAUUGGUAUCAAAGCGAUCAUAUGAUAUGUGCGGGUUCUUUUCCUAUACGCGACUGGAGCAUCAAAAGAAUCAAACGAAUACGAUUCCAAUAUAUUUUUAUUACCGUAACGAUCCAUCCUACACCGAAUCACAGCUUGAAAUCAAGAACCACGACGUUAACGUGUGGGUUCGACUCUAUGUCCGCGGCGUUGCUCGACCGCGUGAACACCGACAGCACGUUGUCGUGAUCCAGCCUCGUGG